UGCAUAUAAAUCGAAACACAGCCCCAUUUGCGUCGUCCUCUUCUCUCAGAACUCGGCAGCGCGAGCCUCCCGCUCACCCACCCACUCUCUCACUCUCCUUUCUGGAUCUGACCUAGGGCUAGCCAGCCAUGGUGCACGUCGUCCAUUACCGCAACUAUGGGAAGACUUUCAAGAAGCCGCGUCGUCCUUAUGAGAAGGAACGUUUGGAUGCUGAGCUGAAGCUUGUUGGAGAAUAUGGACUCCGUGCAAAGAGGGAACUGUGGAGGGUUCAGUAUUCUCUGAGCCGUAUCCGUAAUGCUGCCAGGGAACUUCUUACCCUGGAUGAGAAAAAUCCUCGCCGUAUCUUUGAGGGUGAGGCUCUUCUUCGCAGGAUGAACAGGUAUGGCCUUCUGGAUGAGAGCCAGAACAAGCUCGAUUAUGUGUUGGCUUUGACUGUGGAGAACUUUUUGGAGCGUCGUCUUCAAACCCUUGUGUUCAAAACUGGUAUGGCCAAGUCCAUUCACCACGCCAGAGUUCUCAUCAGGCAAAGGCACAUCAGGGUCGGAAGGCAGGUGGUCAACAUCCCAUCUUUCAUGGUGAGGGUGGACUCCCAGAAGCACAUUGACUUCUCUCUCACUAGUCCCCUCGGAGGUGGGCGCCCUGGAAGGGUGAAGAGAAGGAACCAGAAGGCCGCUGCCAAGAAGGCUGCUGGUGGUGAUGGCGACGAAGAGGAAGAAGAAUGAAGUGGAGGCCUCUCAAUUUAGAAGCGUUUCGAUAUCAUGAGCCUUGAUUUUACCGACCUUUACAGUUUAUUUUAGCGGAUGUUAUAAGCGUUUCUUGCUCGUGUUUUGUUGCGACUAGAGCUCAAAUGUUUUGCUUUAAAUACCCUAAGUAAUGAAUUUUGUGUUAGCUUAUUAAAACUUUGGAUCUAUGUCUCUAAUUCCAUUGCGCUGUUUGCUUUGAUUUGAUGAA